AUGUAGAAAAACAAGUUGCCAAAUUCCUUCACAUUGUUGGUCAUAAUUUAAGGAAUAGAACUAUGAAAUUUUAUUUCAAGCGUUCUAGUGAAACUAUUAGUCGCCACUUUCAUCAAGUUCUUAGAGCUAUAAUAUAUUUAGAUGAUGUCUUCUUAAAGCAGCCUGAUGGAUUAAAGUGCCCUCAAGAAAUCAAGGACAAUACCAAAUUUUGGCCCUACUUUAAGGAUUGCAUAGGGGCGAUUGAUGGGUCACAUUUUCGUGUAAAAGUGUCAAAUGAUGUUGUGCAAAGGUAUCGAGGGCGAAAGUACUAUCCAACACAAAAUGUUUUAGCAGCAUGUUCCUUUGACUUGAAGUUCACAUAUGUUUUACCUGGUUGGGAAGGAUCUGCGUCAGACUCGAGAAUCCUAGAUAAUGCAUUAGUGAGAGAUUUUGAUAAAUUGAUUGUUCCACAAGGUAAAUAUUAUUUGGCUGAUGCGGGUUUUCAGCUAAAAACUGGAUUUCUUACCCCAUAUAGAAGCACUCGUUACCAUUUAAAAGAGUAUAGUGUUCAUCAACCAGAAAAUGCUCGAGAGGUUUUCAACCUUCGACACUCGUCCUUGAGAAAUGCAAUUGAAAGAGCAUUUGGUGUUUUGAAGAAAAGAUUUCCAAUAAUAGCUAGUGGGACAGAGCCACAUUACCCUGUUGACACACAAUCUGAUAUUAUACUAGCAUGUUGUAUCCUCCAUAACUAUCUCAUGGGUGUUGAUCCAGAUGAAAGAUUAAUAGCAGAGGUCGAUAGAGAGCUUUUUAGCGAAGAAGCGGAAUUUGAAUCAAUGGUCUUGAGUUUAGCUGAAAAAUGCAAGGAAGGAGAAAUCUUAAGGGAGAAAAUAGCCAUGGAUAUGUGGAAAGAUUACAAUAGAAACCGUUGAUGAGUCCUUUUAUUUUAUGGUUCUUUUCUUGUAUAGUUUUUUGUGUUUCAUAUUAAGUACGAUGAUUGUAUUUAGAACUAUAACUCUCUAGUUAAAAUCACACUUUGAAUGAGUUACAAAGAAGUUAUUAUUAUA